AUGGCUGUCGAUUCAAGGGAAAGGAUGAGUAAGUUUGUUUCGGGUAUGUCUGAAAUGGUGGUAAAAGAGUGCCGAGCUGCCAUGCUCAUAAACGACAUGGACAUCUCUCGUCUCAUGCUUCAUGCACAACAAAUUGAGAAGGAUAAACUUAAGGAAAAUUCUAGAGAAGUAAGAAGGUCUAAGACGUUCUAUGGUAAUUUCUUUCAUGCAAGGGUGUCUAACCCAAAGCUUCAAGGAGAUAGUGGUAGUGGGUCUUCAUUUCCCAUGACUACUUGUAGUAACUGUGGAAGGAAGCAUGAGGGUAAGUGCAUAGCUCACACAGAUGGUUACUUUAGUUGUGGUAGGAGUGGUCACAAAAUGAGGGAAAUCCCAAUGCUUGUGUCUAAAGGAAGAGAGGGAAAGCAAGCUACUCCUAGUGCUUCAGGUCCCAAUGCUCCUAAGCAAAACCACUUUUAUGAACUUCAGACUCAUGGUGAACAACAGGGUUCUCCCGAUGUGGUUACUGGGAAUACCAAACUUUGUACUGGUAGCAAAGCUGAGGGUAUUGAAAUGAAAGUCGAAAGAGUGGAGCAAAACCAGUCAAAGAUAUCUGUAAUAACAAAAGCAACUUGUGCUCAGCCAAUUAGCAGAACUUGA